AUUAGUAGUAUACAUAUUAUUAUUAUUAUUAUUAUUAUACAUAGUAUUAGUAUUAGUAUACAUAUUAUUAUUAUUAUACGUAGUAUUAGUAGUAUACAUGUUAUUAUUAUUAUUAUUAUAUUUAUACGUUAUUAUUUAUUAGUAUUAGUAGUAUACAUAUUAUUAUUAUUAUUAUUAUACGUAGUAGUGAAUGCAGGGUCCUGGGGAGAGCGGAUAUAGUGAAUGCAGGGUUCGGGGAGAGCGGAUAUAGUGAAUGCGGGGUCCGGGGAGAGCGGAUAUAGUGAAUGCGGGGUCCUGGGAGAGCGGAUAUAGUGAAUGCAGGGUCCGGGGAGAGCGGAUAUAGUGAAUGCAGGGUCCGGGGAGAGCGGAUAUAGUGAAUGCAGGGUCCAGGGAGAGCGGAUAUAGUGAAUGCAGGGUCCAGGGAGAGCGGAUAUAGUGAAUGCAGGGUCCGGGGA